GUGUAGUCUGCCUCCAACAGGAAGAAGCACUCGACAACUUCCAGAUGAAGAUCUUGGUUUUGCUUUUGAUGUUCUCCGGCCUGGUCGUUGGUUGGGAAGACGCCUGGGAAUAUUGGUUGAAAACCCUAGAUGGACAUAAUGGGGACGGCCCUGGGCAGGGUGAAUGGCCGGGUCCGAAAGACGAGGUAUCUGUGCAUCUUGAAGUUCCAACGCUUAAGCCAUACAUCUUACAAGCGACAUGUGACAGAAUUAUGACACUGUAUGUAAAUGGAAAACGAGAAGCGUAUUCUUUAAACUGGGCACAAGUUUCUCAGAUAGAACUACCGGAAGAGGCGUUGGUGGCUAUCCAGUGUAAAGGAUUCGGCAACACGGCUGGAAUAUUCGCUAAGUUUACCCCAGAACUACCAGAAGACAAUAAUUGGUUGUGUUCCAGAUCGAGAAGCAGUAACUGGUAUUCUGAAGCUUCUCAAUCUGAAGGGACGUGGAACGAACCAGUCGCCGUAGAACAUCAGUCCUUGGUAUCGGUUUCCACCAAUCGUUGGUUCUGGCUGCCAAGACAAGGUCUGGCCCGAUUCUACACUGAUAUUUACUGUCGUAUCAAAUUGAAGAAAAGAGUUCCUCCUCGACCAAAACCUAAACUGCCAGGGCCUCUUCCAAAACCAAACCCAGGAACACCAACAGAGCCUAGUGAAGGUGCAAUGGGUGAUUUAGGCAAGUUGGUCAAAUUACGACCGACAUUGAAUUAUAUCUUCAGCAGUCUGUACAAGAUCAACCAUAAACUAGAUAACCUGCCUGAUCAGAUCACUUACGAUUUAAAAUAUCCCAAACGACACUGGGAAGAUGAUCCGGACCAUUCAAAAGUAAAUGUAGCUCGGAGUGAAGUUUAAAGUAAAAUGAGCCCAGAGAGUGCAGGAACAGCUGGAACCAGGAGAUAGAAAGGAAUGAUGCCGAAAAUAAUGGUUAAUCAUCACUAUAACAUGGAAAUAAACAAUGUCAAAU